GGGAGCCGCACCCCUGUCCCUUGUCGCACUGCCUGUGUGGCUGGCUCGAUGCCCGAGACAGAAACUCAGCGCAAGGCGUACCGGCAUCGCCUGUGAGGGUACAGAGGGGUCAGACUGGAUCGGAUUUUUAGGGACCAUGCCGCUAGAAGCCUCAGACUUACCGAUUCCACCGCCACUAGGGCCGGCACAUUUGGAGGCACCAGACCUGUCAACAAAGCAGCCACCCCUACAAGUCUUCCAUUGUCCGUUCGACUUGAUUCCACAGAAUUUGGCUGUUGUAAGGCGAGAAACAGUCAAUGAUGCAGACGCUGAAUGCUUGGCGUUCCGGUCUGCCGACUCACCAAGCGUCGUUGACGCGAACAAGGCGCAGAGGAUAGCAGCGCUGAAGAUCUUCAUGAUGAUUUGUGGAACUAGGCGAGGUCAAAUGUUUGUGCAGUGCAGGGCAGUGAAGUCUUUAUGUAGAGCACUUGCUCUCUUGUGCGACAACCCCUCCGUGAAGGCGGCGAGUAGAAUUCCGGGUACUCCGGUAAUCCGUACUUCCCGUACAUGGACCUCCGCGGACAUGGCCACUCCUCUCCUUGCUGGCGAAGGGUCUUGUUCCUGAGUCCUCAAAAGCAAAGCCCCGACAGGCUGGAGUUCGGCAGCCACGCUGAGGCCCGACGCUGAGGCAACGGCCGAGGGCGUCUUAGCCCCCGAUGCAAGGAUCCAAUGUACCUCGACAUUGAUUCGGAGGCCCUACCCGAAAGAGUGUGAGAACUGAGCUUUCCAGAGUGACUUCCGCUACCUAAGCUCUCCUCCGUCGAUUGGGCACAAUAUGGUGGACACAAUGGAGCAGCCGUCACGAGCACACGGAGCAC